AUGGUUCCAGCAAAUAUCUCGGUCCGGCCAAUGAAUAGGUUGGGGCUUAUCCAAACCCACCUUUCAUCUGCCAUGUCCUACCACACUCGCCAAAUUGGUGCUAAAAACACCCUCGACUACAAGGUCUACAUUGAGGACGAGAACCACAACGUUGUCAGCCCGUUCCAUGAUAUUCCGUUGUACGCUAACGCAGAGAAGACUAUCCUAAACAUGAUUGUCGAGGUCCCCCGGUGGACCAACGCGAAGCUUGAAAUUUCCAAGGAGCAGCCCUUCAACCCCAUCAUACAGGACACCAAGAAGGGCAAGCUGCGUUUCGUCCGCAACUGCUUCCCCCACAAGGGCUACAUCCACAACUACGGUGCCUUCCCUCAGACCUGGGAGGACCCCAACUCCGUCCACCCCGAGACCAAAGCUGCCGGCGACAACGACCCCCUGGACGUCUGCGAGAUCGGUGAAGCCGUUGGCUACACUGGUCAGGUCAAGCAGGUCAAGGUUCUUGGUGUCAUGGCCCUUUUGGAUGAGGGCGAGACCGACUGGAAGAUCAUUGCUAUUGACGUCAAGGACCCCCACGCCUCAAAGGUCAACGACAUCGAGGACGUCGAGCGCCACUUCCCUGGCCUGUUGCGCGCCACCAACGAGUGGUUCCGCAUCUACAAAAUCCCCGACGGAAAGCCCGAGAACCAGUUCGCCUUCAGCGGCGAGUGCAAGAACAAGAAGUACGCUCUUGAUGUGAUCCGCGAGUGCGCCGAGGCGUUCGACCGCCUCCAGGCCGACAAGGCUGCCGAUUCCAAGGGCAUUGCUCUUGAGAACAGCACCUUGGGCAACGCUCACACCGUCAAGCCUGCCAUUGCUUCUGCUAACCCCUUGCCUGAUGCCCCUAUCGACGGCAGCAUCGACAAAUGGUUCUACAUCGCUGGUACCUCUGUUUAG